AUGCUUGACCUUCGAGCCAUGCUCGCCAGCGCACUGCAUAUGGAUGGAAAAGAGUUGAAGGUGAAGCGCCUUCGGAAGAAGAUUGCCCUGAAGCCGCUGCGAAGGGCCCAGAGGAAGCUCAUCUAUGAGAAGGCAAAGCACUAUCAUAAGGAGUACAGGCAGAUGUACCGGACGGAGAUUCGCAUGGCCAGGAUGGCAAGGAAAGCUGGAAACUUCUAUGUGCCCGCAGAACCGAAGCUGGCCUUCGUCAUCAGAAUCCGAGGUAUCAAUGGUGUGAGCCCAAAGGUGCGCAAGGUGUUGCAGCUUCUCCGUCUUCGGCAGAUCUUCAACGGCACCUUUGUCAAGCUCAACAAGGCUUCAAUUAACAUGCUGAGGAUUGUGGAACCAUACAUUGCAUGGGGGUACCCCAAUCUGAAGUCAGUAAAUGAGCUCAUCUACAAACGCGGCUAUGGCAAAAUUCAUAAGAAGAGAAUUGCCUUGACAGAUAAUUCCUUGAUUGCUCGAUCUCUUGGUAAAUACGGCAUCAUCUGCAUGGAGGAUCUAAUUCAUGAGAUCUAUAUCGUUGGAAAACGCUUCAAGGAAGCGAAUAACUUCCUGUGGCCCUUCAAAUUAUCUUCUCCACGAGGUGGAAUGAAGAAGAAGACAACUCAUUUUGUGGAAGGUGGAGAUGCUGGCAAUAGGGAAGACCAGAUAAACAGGCUUAUUAGACGGAUGAACUAAGGUGUUGCCCAUGGUAUUUUUGUAAUCUGGUCAGUUAAUAAAACAGUCACAGCUUGGCAAAA